ACCAUUAUCACUAACAACUUUUCUCUUAAAAAAAAAAAAACCAAAAACAUAUAUACCUAUCUCCAUCUCUACAUAUAUCUCUCUGUCUCUAAUUUAAAAACCAAAAAACAAAAAAUGUCUGAAAAUGCAGAAGAAUCAGGAGGUGGAGGAGAAGAGUACUUAUUCAAGAUAGUUGUGAUUGGAGAUUCAGCAGUGGGUAAAUCAAAUUUACUGUCACGUUUCGCACGAGACGAAUUCGACCUGCAUUCAAAGGCAACAAUUGGUGUAGAGUUCCAAACUCAAACGGUUGAAAUUGAUGGUAAAGAAGUGAAAGCACAAGUAUGGGAUACUGCUGGUCAAGAACGUUUUCGUGCAGUAACUUCUGCUUAUUACCGUGGUGCUGUUGGUGCUCUCAUUGUUUAUGACAUUAGUAGACGUACUACUUUUGAUAGUAUUAAAAGAUGGCUUGGUGAACUUAACACCCACUGCGAUACUGCAAUGGCAACAAUGUUGGUAGGGAACAAGAGUGAUUUGGAGAACAUAAGGGAUGUAAGCGUUGAAGAGGGUAAAAGUCUUGCAGAGGAAGAAGGGCUUUUCUUCAUAGAAACGUCGGCACUUGAUUCAACAAAUGUUACAACAGCUUUUGAGAUCGUCAUUCGGGCUAUUUAUGACAAUAUGAAAAAGAAAGUCCUAAACUCGGAUUCCUACAAGUCUGAAGUGGAUUCAAAUCGUGUAAGCCUAAUUAAAGAUGGUAACACAAAACAAAGCUAUUGUUGUUCCAGAUAACUUUUUUUUUUUAUAUAUACUUUGGAUCAUCAGUACUACUCUCCUUCAAACACACUGGGUCUGGUUUAUUACUGCUAGGCCCUAGCUUGUUAAAUAAUCAUUCUCGGAUGCUUUUUGGUCA